UGCAAAAGCAUCGGUGGAACAAAUGGAGGUUCUGCCGCCGCCGAUGCCCGAGGCGACAAUUUGCGAGGUGUGCUCGUUGGACUGCCCCUGUGACGACGUGUACAUGACGGUGUUUUCAGUGCACAUUUGUCCCGACUGCCGUUACGGCAACCCUGCCUACAAACUGCUGACGAAAGACUUAGCGAAGAAGACGUAUUUGCUCACGGACUCGACAAUGGAAACACUUCCGUGUCUGCGAAAACCCAAUCCAAAGCACGAGGCCUUUGCGCCACUGCGUUUGUACUUGCAAAAGACUUGCGAAGCCACGGCCAUUCGGCAGCAUGGAAGCCUCGAGAACGUGGCGGUCGAGAAAAAGAAGCGAGAAUGUGCCAAAUACGAAAAGGCUGUGGCGCGAACCAAGUCCGAAGUGUCGCGCUUGGGUACAUAUGGAAAGCGCCGCAAAGACAAGCACGCAGGUGGAGGAGCCGUACGGAUCACACGGCGACCAGUGAUCAAAGAAGUUGACCACAAGCAUACGUUUGAGAACGAAAGACAAAACGACGACGGCACGUGGCUCAAAGAAUGUGCGUGUGGACUGUCGAUCAACGUGCACAAGGUGUACGAAUAACAUGAACAUAUGCAAUGUCACAAAUCAAAUACCGACACUCACUUCCAGCCUUGCACUGUGGAACAAGCCACGUACGACGCAGCAAGGAGUCGUUCUAUUGACCAAGCCAAAAUGCUAGGCACUGAUGCGGACAAUUUCAUGGCGAAUGACUCUAUGCAUGCGCGAAUAGAGGGGUUCACAAUAGAUUGAAA